CACUCUUGCAAAACAAGUUUAUCAUCAUGGUGAAGUUAAGCGUCAUUUCGAUUGUUUUGCUUGGGUGUGUAUCUCUCAACAAUGCCAAGCACGGGAAGUUUUGGAAGAAAUUCUUACUAAACUCAUUUCUCCUAACAAUGAGCAAAGACAAGAAAUUGCAAAAUUGAAGAUUGAUCAAAUAGCAUAGUGGCUUUGGAAUACGCAAAGAGAAAGGAAAUGUUUGGUGGUGCUGGAUGACAUUUGGACCAGUGAUGCGUGGAGCUCUUUGCAAGCUGGAUUUCCAAAGAAUGAGGAAACUGGGAGCCGAAUUUUACUCACUACUCGCAACAAAGAAGUUGCUUCGUAUGCUGACAAAAAUGGUUUCCUCUUCGAACCACAGUCGUUGAAUGAUGAUGAAAGCUGGGAACUGUUUGAGAAGAUUGCAAUGUCUGAAACAAAAGACCCUAAAAUUUAUGAACAGAAGAAAGAGCUUGGAAUGGAGAUGCUUCAACAUUGCAAAGGUUUGCCACUAGCCAUCACGGUGCUCGCAGGACUUCUUGCUAGAAAAGACACAGUUGAUGAGUGGAAUGCAAUGCAUAAGAAUGUUUAUGCAUAUAUAAGGAGAGGCACAGACCUUGGACCCGAUUACAUAGGUGAAGGAUAUGAAGGUGUAUCAUGGUUAUUGGAAUUGAGUUAUGAUAACUUACCAUAUUACCUAAAACUAUGUUUUCUCUACUUAGCCCAAUUUCCAGAAGAUUAUGAAAUACCGGUGAGUACAUUGACUAAACUAUGGAUGGCAGAAGGUUUUAUAUCAUCAGCAUCAGCAGAAGUAAUGGAAGAUGUAUCAUAUAGGUGCUUAAGGGAGUUAGUGGGUAGGUGCAUGGUUCAAGUUGGAAAAAAUGGUUCGAGUAAGAAGAUCAAGACUUGUCAUCUCCACGAUCUUAUGAGAGACUUAUGCAUGUUAAAGGCAAAAGAGGGGAAUUUUGUCCAUAUUAUCAAUUAUUCUAUAGCUUCGGGGGCCAAGGAAACUCCAAAUGGUAGAGUUCGAAGACUUGCCAUCUAUUUGGACAAAAUGGUUGAUACAUAUGGUCGGGGAAAAGAUGAAAAUUAUGGACAUGUUAGGUCUUUGUUAUACUUUGUCCCAAAAUUCUCGGACUUGGACUCAAAGGUGACUAAAAACUUAGUACGGUCACUAUUAAGGAACUUCACAAUGCUUAGAGUAUUGAAGUUUGAAGGUAUGGAUGUUAGAAAGUCGAAGUUACCAGAUGAAAUUGGGAAUCUAGUGCACUUAAGGUUUUUAAGUGUAAGGGGUAGUGUUAUUCGAGUGGUGCCAUCAUCUAUAGCAAAUUUGGUAUGUUUUCAGACUUUAGAUUUACGUACCCUGUGGGGGACUAAAAUUCCAAAUGGAAACGUGUUUUCCAAGAUGGAAAAAUUGAGACAUAUAUAUUUACCCAGAUUUCAGAGUGCAAGAGAAAAACGUUUGUUAUUUGCUACUGAGGCAGUGAAUUUGCAGACGGUAGUCAAUAUUUAUAUUCAGGCAUCAUCUGAUUUAGAUGAUUUUGUUAAACUGACCAACCUUAGAAAAUUGGGAGUCAUCAUAUUUGACGGAGGGGAAAAAAAGGAGAAAGGGACAAACAUCAUAUUUAAGCAUCUCCAGUCUUUAUCGGUGAACUCUUGGUUGGAGGAUCUAGCAAUACCAUGGAACAUAGUAUUAACCUGUCCUAAUAUAUACAAGCUGCAUCUAGAGGGACGUAUCGCAGAGUUACCAAAAGACCUCCUGUGCCUUACGAACCUCACCAAGCUUACAUUGAUAAGAUUUGGUAAUCUCAAGGAAGACCACAUAAAAGUAUUACAAAAGCUGCCAAGCUUGAGAAUGCUUUUUGCUAUUGUCGGGAUUUUUCCGGCAUCUCUUGUUUGCUCAGAGGGAGGCUUUCCAUUUCUCGAAUGUCUCUAUCUUUAUUAUUUGAGUGAGUUAAAAGAAUGGAAGGUAGAGAAAGGAGCCAUGCCUAGUCUUUGCAGAUUGCAAAUUGGGCAUUGCUUAGGAUUGGAGGCAAUUCCAGAUGGGCUCCAACAUAUUACUACCCUCAAGAAAUUAAUCAUCGAAAUGACGCGUCCUGAAUUCUGUAGGCGGCUUGGGGAAGGAGGAGAGGAUUUUUACAAAAUCCAACAUGUGCAGUCUGUUAUUAUAACAAAUAUUUUACCAAACCAUCCGAGAUAA